CUCCGACGCGACAAGAUUCAAUUCCAAGUUUCUCCGGUAUCAUCUACGGAUUGUAGCAGCAAUGUUGACUGCAUCCAACACCAUUUCCAUACUAUAAUUGUGACAGAUGGAAGUAUAGCAAGUAAGAAGACCAUCACAGGGCUCAGCAAGCCUGAAAAAUGGCAUUUUCUCUAUCCGUGUCGUCUCAAAGAGAUAGACUAAUGAUUUCCCUCAACUCGGAGUUCCUUCCACCCGUGCCUCUAUUGAAGCCUAAUGUCAUUAAUAGAAAUAAUGGUAAUAACAGGAGCUACAAAAGUCUCUCGAUUUCAGUAUCUCAUUCAUCUCUCAAAAUUGUUCGUGAUCGAUCGCUAGACAGGCAAGUGGUGAAGCAUAACAAGAUUCGUUUUGUACAAAAAUUAAAGACCCUACUUCUUUCAAAACCAAAGCAUUACAUGCCAAUCCACAUUCUUUCCAAAUGCCGCUCUUAUCUAUCCCUACCAAAACCUCGUUCCCUCCUCUCCAUGAUCCAUCGUUACCCUUCAAUUUUUGAACUCUUCACAAUCCCAACGCCCCCAACUCCUCUUAACGCAACAAAAUCAUACUCUCAACUCUGUGUUCGUCUUACCCCAGCUGCAUCAGCACUUGUGGCUCGAGAAUCAAAUCUCAAAUCAACCAUGUCUGUAACCUUGGCCGGAAAACUCCAGAAACUUCUCAUGCUCUCCUCCCACCACCGUCUCCUCUUAUCAAAGCUUGUUCACCUUGCCCCCGAUCUUGGCCUUCCACCUAGUUUUCGAUCCAAGCUCUGCAAUGGCCACCCAGACAAAUUCAAGACAGUUGACACCUCCUAUGGCCGGGCACUUGAGCUUGUCUCGUGGGACCCACAUCUAGCCAACCCUUUACCUGCUCUUGAAGUUAAAUCCGGGUUAAUUGUAGAUAGACCUUUGAAAUUCAAGCAUUUGAGACUCCGAAAGGGGCUAAAUGUGAAAAGACCUCACCGUGAAUUUCUGAUCAAGUUUGGAGAAUUGCCUGAUAUGUGCCCAUACAAAACCCCCAUGGGGCAAUUAGCGAAAGAGUCCAUUGAGUCAGAGAAGAGGGCAUGUGCUGUGGUGAGGGAGGUUUUGGGAAUGAUGGUUGAGAAGAGGACUUUGGUAGAUCACUUGACACAUUAUAGGAAGGAGUUUGGGCUGCCCAACAAGUUGCGGGGGAUGCUGGUGAGGCACCCGGAGUUGUUCUAUGUGAGUUUGAAGGGACAGAGGGACUCGGUCUUUUUGGUGGAGGGCUAUGACGAUAGGGGCUCGCUUAUAGAGAAGGAUGAGAUUUUGGUCAUAAAGGAUCAGCUAAUGGAGUUGGUUAGGGAAGCGAAGCGAAUGAGGCGAGAGAGGAGAAAUGGUAUCAUUAACAACUAUGUUGAUGAUGAAGUCGAUAACGAACAUUAUGGUGUUUAUGCCGAUGGUGACGAUGAUUAUGAUGAUGGUUUAGAUGAUUUAUUUGAAUCUGACGAUUCUGAUGAUGAUGAUGCUGGUGGUGGUAGUGAUGAUGAGAAUAGUGAUGAUUUGGGCCUAGAUGAGAACCAUGGGUUUUGGACUGCUGAAGCUGCUAGUGUUGUCAACAGAGAGGGCAGCAGAGAUUUGCAACCUUGGUAGUAACAUCCAGUUUGCAUAACUUUGCCAAAGGAUAAUUUUCUCUUUAGUUUAAUAAAAUAUGAGAAAAUUGCUCUUGUAAAUUGUAAUGCAUCCUAUUUUGCAAUGAAUUUUGGCCUCGUUUGGGAACAAGUUCGUUUAGUAAUUUUUUAGUUUUUUACGAAAAAAUGUAUAGAUAUGUAAAGAGAGUGAUAUGAUAAGUUAUAGCGACUUUUUAGCUUUUUUGUUAAAA